ACACUUAGUUUUAUUGUUCUCAUUAGAAAAGUGAAUCCAGAAGGAGUCACCACAUACGGUGCUCCUACAUCAUUGGCAUCCGAGUAAAAAAAACAAAAAGCAAAAUGCGAAUGUUAAGUGUUUAUUUAUUUUCAUUAAUUUGUUUGAGUGGAAUCACUCAUAUAAGCGGUAGACAAGCCAUGGGCGCGGUACUGAAACAUUUUCUGACAUGUCCAACUCGCCGCAUCAGCCUGGACGUUAGUAAAAUCAACGUCCAUUUUCACGACUUCAAAGGAGGCAGGAGCAAAGUUUUUCCUAUAAACAAAGCUGCAAGAGGCAUACUCUCGUUUGACAACCUCGACAAAAACAGGAAUAUCUACAUGUUUGUUCAUGGAUUCGCAACAUACAUGAACCACCCAAUCGCAGACUUAGUAAGGAGAACUUUUAAAGCGGUCCCCAACAGUUACUUAAUCCUCAUCGACCAUUCAGCUUAUACCAACGAUUUUGAUGGGAAGAAAAAGAGCUACAAAAGGUCCGUCGAACAUGUUUACUCCAUUGGAAUGCAAUUGGCAGAUAUGUUGGCUAAACUCAAUAAUAGAGGCAUUAGUGCUAAACGCAUCCACGCUAUCGGCCACAGCUUGGGCAGCCAAAUACUGGGCUAUGUUGGACAGCAAUUCAUCAGAAUGACCAAUAAGAGAAUUGCUAGGAUUACAGCUCUAGACCCGGCUGGCCCUUGCUUCUCCGACCGUCCUAGAGAGGAGCAGAUCAGAUCUGGUGUGGCGGAUUAUGUUGAAGUCUAUCAUUGUGACCAUGGUGCUCUGGGUACGAAGAGUGUGCUGGGUGAUAUAGACUUCUUCGUGAACAAAGGAAGUGCCCAACCGCAAUGUAAAUCCUUAACACCAUCAAAUAAAUGCAGCCACAAUGUUUGUGUGUCAAUGUGGAUGGCGUCAGUGGCACAUCGGGACUGGUUCCCGGCUAGGAACUGUGACAAAUAUGAAGCGUUCAAAAAUUGGAGGUGCGCCCCUAACAGAAGAACUCUAGCGGGCUUCUGGAAUCCUGGUACUGCCAAAGGAGUUUAUUACUUUUCGACUAAAAAAUACAAGUUUUAGAUCAUAUAUUUUUAGUAUUUUAACAUUAAAAUAAAAUAAGUCAAUAUUGUCAAUGUUAUAGAAAUGAAUAAAAGUGUGAAUUAAAUAACUGA